CUGAAAUCUCUCUCUUUGUUUCUCUCUUCCUCUCUCACACACACAUUUACACAUAGAGAGUUCAGUUCAGCGUUGAGCAUCUAACUCAACCAAGAAAUUCUGGCGUCGCCGUCGCCGGAAGUUCUUUCCUUACUUUCAGGCGUCCUGAAUCAGAACGAUCUGAUUUUCUAUUACUUUGACGAUAAUGUCCAAUAGUAAAUCGAAUAAGCCACAAGAUUGUUGUUCGGAAUCAGCUUCAACGGAGCUUAAAAUCUAUCAAACAUUCAUCUUCUCCAUUCCUAUCUUCUUCACCUUCAUUCUCCUCCUCUUGUUCUAUUUGUUUUAUUUACGCCGCCGGCGAGUUGAUUGGUCUUCUCUCCGAAUGCGAGCUUCCGUUCCACCUCCGAUUGAAAUCUCUAGGAUUGAAUUAGGUUUGAAGAAAGAAGUAAGGGAGAUGCUACCUAUCAUAAUAUAUAAAGAGAGCUUCUCUGUCAAGGAUACUCAGUGCUCUGUUUGCCUUGGGGACUAUCAAUCAGAGGAUAGGCUCCAACAGAUACCUGCUUGUGGGCAUACAUUUCACAUGGAAUGCAUUGAUUUAUGGCUCGCAACUCGCACGACUUGCCCACUUUGCCGCCUCUCUCUUAUCCCUUCCCCUAAAGUUUCUAUCGAGCCAUUAUCCGAUCAAGAUACUACUGAAGAGGAAGAAGAUGGGAAUGACAGACAAAGAAUUGAUGCCUGACCAUAAUAAUAAACUCAGAAUCAUCAAGAAGAUUGAUUCUUGACAUGGGUAAUGUUGUAUUUUUUAUAAAUAAAUAGAAAAUGAGAGUCUAGAUUUAGUUGGUCUUGUUCGGAUAAUGUCAAUUUAAUGUAUAGUGUAAACAAGAUUUCGACACGAACUAAUGUACAUCAUUUAAUUAAACAUUAUUCAAUGAUUUCUGACUAUAAGUUGUUAUGAUACUCAUGACAGGAUUAGCGUUUCCCACCCUAAUCCCUUCUAUGUACCAUUUAAAAAUAUAUAUAUAUUUUUUUAAAUAAAGACAAAUAUAAAAAGUGAAACUA